CUAUAAAUGUGAGAGCCCUAUAACACUAGUUCACCCCUUCUAACCCCCCUUGAAGUUCUAAACAUUGAGAAAAUAGAAUUCCUGAAAAAGAAAUAUUAAACAAUCUUAAGAGAUCCCUUUUUGUUGUAGCAGUUAGUGGCACUGCAUGUGAUAAGGGAAUAACUCACUCAGUUCAUCAUCCAUCACCUUUUUUAUAUGAAUGAAUGCUAACUAAUAUUCAAGCAACCACUAAUUUUCUAUCAUCAUAAUAUACUCUCUCUACUCCUUCCUUGUAACACCCUCUUCUUUUUGUAUCUCAAACUCAAAAUUGUCAUUUCUUCAUUCUCCAAUAUUCAUAGACCAAAUGGGUGAAGAAGCAAAACAGGAACAAGCUAAGGCAGAGGCAGAGGCAGAGGUUAAAGUAGAGGAGAAGAAAGAAGAAGAAAAACCAAAAGAAGAAGAGAAGAAGAAAGAAGAGGAAAAGGGAGAAGCAGAGGCAGAGGUAGAAGAGAAGAAGAAGGAAGAAGAAAAAGAAGAAGAAGCACCACCUGAACCACCAGCACCAUGUGUGCUUUUUGUGGACCUGCAUUGUGUUGGAUGUGCCAAGAAAAUUCACAGAUAUAUCAUGAAAAUUAGAGGAGUUGAGGAAGUAGUAAUUGACAUGGCUAAAAAUGAAGUGACAAUAAAGGGAAUAGUGGAGCCUCAAGCAAUAUGUAACAUUAUUACAAAGAAAACAAAAAGAAGGGCCACUGUUAUUUCUCCUUUGCCUGCAGCAGAAGGAGAACCUAUACCUGAAGUUGUUAAUUCUCAGGUUAGUGGGCCAGUAACUGUGGAACUUAAUGUAAACAUGCAUUGUGAGGCUUGUGCUGAGCAACUUAAGAAGAAGAUACUCCAAAUGAGAGGGGUUCAAACCGCGGUAACUGAAUUUAAUAGCGGAAAAGUUGUUGUUACCGGAACAAUGGACGCAAACAAGCUAGUAGACUACGUUUAUAGACGCACCAAAAAGCAAGCCAAAAUAGUUCCACAGCCAGAACCAGAACCACAGCCAGAGCCGGAGCCUGAAAAGAAAGAAGAGAACAAAGAAGCCGCCGAAGACGGGAAGAAGGAGGAGGAGAAGAAAGAAGAGGAGAAAGCACAAGAAGAAGGCAAGAAAGAAGAGGGUGGUGAGAACAAAGAAGAAAAGGGUGGCGAAGAAGGGAAGAAAGAAGAGAAUAACAAUAUGCAAGUGGUUUAUAACUAUAGCAUGGAAGAGGAUUUGGGAAUGAAGAGAAUGAUGUACUAUUAUCAAUAUCCACCACUCUAUGUCAUUGAACGACUUCCACCCCCUCAACUCUUCAGUGAUGAAAAUCCUAAUGCAUGCUGCAUUUCAUAAAUUAUCAACU